AUGGCUGUGGUAAUGAGGAGGAUAGGGCUGAGAAGUAAUGGCUUGGUGUUUGAUAAUAAGCUUGUAGGGCCAAAUGAAGUGUUUAACCAAGCUGUUCAAUGUUUGACAAAUUUUCAAUUGGCUCAAGUGAAGCAAACCAGUAAAGCAAGCAGUGGUGUUUCUAUAAGCAACAAGGCUACUCAUUGGAAACCACCUAUGGGUGAUGUAUUGAAAAUUAAUUGGGAUGUGGCAUGGAAAAUUAAGAAGGAUAUAAGUAGGAUUGGGGUGGUGAUCCGAGAUAGUAGUGGGAAAAUAAUUGCUUCUCUCUGCUGUCCUAGAACAAAGGUGCAAGAUGCAAUAGUAGCUGAGGUGUAUGCACUAUGGAGGGCCAUGAAAUUGUGUGCUGAACUGAAUUUCAGAAAGGUUCAAUUUGAAGGUGAUACUUUAUCUGUUAUGAAUGCUGUAAAUAGCUCUGAUGAAUGUUGGGAGAGACACGGUCAGGUAAUUGAAGAUCUUAAAGAUGUAUUAAGGAAGAGAAUAGACUGGUCUGUGGUAUAUGCUAACAGAUGCUGUAAUAAUGUGGCACAUAGUCUUGCUAAAAUUGCAUUAAGUAUACAAGAGGAGAGGGUGUGGAUGGAAGAUUAUCCACAAGAGAUUCUUAAGUGUGUAAAGUUUGAUAAACUAUGUAACUCAGCAAUUACAUGA